AUGUCUGAGCCCUCGUAUAGGCUUGAGACUACGCGACCGCGCCCUCCGCCGCUACCUUUGCGUUCGAACAAUUUGCCAAUCAGAAAUUCACGGGUUCUAGGGCAGAAAGACACUUCGGAGUCACUCCUUUAUGAUCUCCCGCCCAAUACCCCCUCCUCUCCUCGCCGCGUCACGUCCCCCACGUCCCCCACCUCCCCGUACGGUCCUCGCCGCAAUAGCAGGAUGAUGUCUCCACCCCCAUCAGGCAAGCGCUCAGUUACUCCGUCUCUGCCCACCCGCAGUGACCUGGAGGAAUUUUCGGAGCGGUGUAAGGCCUGGUAUUAUCAGCAGGAUGAGGAGGCUGGCCGGCUUAUGACCCAGACCCUAGCCACACUGCCUCCCUCCCAGCGAGCACCCUACGCCCGUCUACAGGCUUCUAUUCGUUCUGGCUACCAUGCAAGCGUCAGCGCCCGGAGAGAUGCCGAGUUCAAAGCACACCUCAAUGCCACCAAGCCCGGCGGGUCACUCAUGCCCCACUCGCGCGCAGACCCCGAAGGACCUCUUGCCAGGAAGGAACGUUACGAGCGUCUCGGUAACUUCAUCCGGACGUGGUGUUCAAUGGGUUCGCCAGGGACAAAGCCAUUCUUUCAGGGUCUCUGGGGGGUAAUGCGCCUGCAAACAAUCCCUUCGGAACUUGGAGGGGCUGGUCCGUUCCGGAUACAGUGGGAAAUAGACGACGCUGUGUUCAAAGAGUCAGGCGGCAAAGAGUUCAUGCUCGAGGCGAUAGACGUUUUGAAGGGUGUCCUCGCCUUCGAAGAGACCCUAUCACUUUCCCGAACGACAUCAAGCACAAGCACCGCGACUUACCCCGCAUACGCGCCUUUAUCUCCCAUACACUCUCGGUCACAAUCCCAGCCCAUGCCUUCAGACCGCACACCGACCUCCCGGUCUCAGAAGCCUCCACCAAUUGCCUCCACAACCCAGACCAAGCGGCGGCGGGCGCCCAGCGAUCCAUUCUUGGACACCUCGACACUCUCGACCUCCUACUCCUCAGCGCAGACGGGCACGAGUCACCUCUCCACGUCCGGUUCGUCCGCCGCAGACGAACCCGUGACGCCCAUUACACCCCCAACGGACAUCGACGAUCUGUUUGCGCAGGUGCGCCCGCCUGAUGCAGACUUUUGCGCCAACGAAUGCUACAUGCGGACAUGGACGGCACCGGACGUCUCCAAUCCUGAGCUCCUCAGCCUGCUCUCGCUUUUCCCAGCAUUCAUUGUUCAAAGCGCCCUCCCACGCUUCCCCGUAACGGCUGCCACCCAGCGCCCACCCGACGUCGAACAAGCCCUCGGCGCGGAUGAGCGCAAAGAGAUCAAAAUGGGCACCGGAACUAUGUGGCUCGGGGCGCAGCGUCGCAGCGAUGGUUGGCAGGGUGGCUGGUGGACGCGGUUCAAACUCUGGUUGGCGCGGAUGUUCGGUUGA